CAGCACUUUGAAAUAUUUUUAGACUUGUUGGUUGGCUGGCAGUAGAGAAGGGGAGAUCGGAACAGCCGAGGCCCUGAAGGGUGGAAAACUUGGUGUAUAAAGAGGCCUUUCCAAGAAGCUUUGCCUCGCCUGAUCUCCACAGGACAGCACGGCGCAGCUCGGAUGGAAAAGCAGGAGAACAGGAAAAAAGUCCUGCAACGUCAGACCAGGAUACAUCUAGGAUAGCAUCCUGCUUCUCACGGAGGAGAGAUCUCAGCUUUGCAAGGAACCCUUGCAGAGAGCUAGCCAGGAAGGAACCCGUUUGCCCUUACAUUCAAGGGGGCCACCCCACCGCAGACAAAGAAAUGCCUUUUGUUUGCCCACCCACAGCACACAGCAACAUUGACUGCAGCUGCUCCAUCAAAAAUGGGAGCUCUGAUCCUGCUGAAAAGGGGAAACAGCACCAAGAGGUGCCUCUCUCCCCUGAUGCUGCCGAAAGCCAACGAGCUGUUUCCGGCAACCACCUUGUGUCUAGGGAAGAAAGCCCUCCCGGUCGUUCCUGGUCUUUGGGAGAUGCUGGCCAAGGGCUUCCUGGAGGGAGGAGGCAGAAAAAAAGACCUGAAAAGUUUGGCCAAAAGUCUGUGGCCUGCCAAGAGGCCCACCAACGCCCCGACAGAUCCUUAAAGAUGGACACGUUGGGGGCAAAGAAAGCAGAGGGGAACGUCAAGGCUCUGGGCUCCAGCGAAGGGAUCGCACGACACCAGCAGGUGGGACAUUCUCUGGGUGGAUCCAAAGAUGGGGAGGAAGACGUGACCGAAAGGCGCUGCCCUCCUUCCCCCAAUCCGGAAGCCGUCUGGAAGAGGCAGCGGAGAGAUCUUCUCCCCAACCUGGCGGUCUUCAGAGAGCUUGACGCCCACGUCCUGCGGGUGAGCGGACAGCUCAAACCCAAACGGGGUCUGUGGUCCGUCCAAACCGUGGUCUCGCUAAUCGCGGGCGGAGCCAGCAGCCAGCUGGAGAAAGCCCGUGCCAUCUGGGUCUGGCUAUGCCAGAAUAUUGAAUAUGAUGUGUGUGGCUUCCUGGGACUAUCAAAGAAGAUUCACCUUCCCCAAGAGGUCCUGCAGACAGGUAGAGGCGUGUGCUCUGGGUACGCCCAUCUCUUCUGUGAAAUGUGCAAGUAGGUACUUUUUCAACAAUGCAUCUCCGUCCGUCCUUCAGUCGUGGCAAGUGGCCGUCUGGGCUCAGAAGGGAAGCAGGGCUGGACCUGGUUGGAAUUGGGUGGGAAGGCAUUUCUGGAAAUUUGCAAGAAAAUACAGGAAUAGGUCUAGGAACUGAACUUGACUUGAAGGAGACUUUUACUUAUACAGACAUCGUCUCAUUACUUUGUUUAAACUAGUGUUUUUCAAACUUGGCAACUUUAAGAGGGGUGGACUUCAACUCCCAGAAUUCCCCAGUGGAUCCCUCUGACACCUUGGGGUCAAAAGAGGGAGGGAAGGGAAAACAAGGCAGACUUGCAAGGUCCUGUUCCCAGAGCCUCUCUCAAUAGAGUUCCAGUCUUCCUGUGGGGUCAG